UGGCUCAACACAUGCUGAGGCGUUUCUACCAAGGCUCUUGGGUUGCUUUGAAGGUCUUGGUAUAGGGUGUUCCCUCCCAAAGAUGGCAAGAAGAAGUGGUCAUCGCACCUUCUCGCCAAGUUUCCGUGGGUAUAGUGGAGCUCUGCUUUGUCUUUGAUCAUGAAGGAAUUUUAGCCGUACGGAAAGUACUGUGUGAAGGUUGAGGUUGGAUAUAAAGAAGCGUGGGCAUCGUGUGGACUGCUUCAGCCGUCAACAAUCCGUCAAAAUACUCGUCGUCAAGAUGCGUGCUUCUCUAUUUUUGCUGACAUCCGUUGGAGUCGCCGUUGUACAAGCGCAGUCUUUGAGGACAUUUUCGCUUACUGCUUGCACAACACAAAGUGGCGUUGUGAACUGUUUGCGCGAUGAUACAACGGUGCCAUGGACGACUCUAAGCAGUCAAGCAACUGCAGCACCCUCGACUACUGUGGCCCCCAGUACCACACAAGUAGAGGCGACUGCGGCCCCUACUGCUAUCACUGGUUGCCACAUGCAUGGCGACACACAGUUCUGCUUCGCUGGAGACGCAGAGUAUGAAGUUUUGACAACCGCCACAGCUACCGAGGAACUUCCUUCAGAAUAUACCGGAUGCCAUGCUCAUGGAGCGGACUUGUUCUGCUUCGAUCCGCAAGGCGAAGAGGUCGAGGUCGUCGCCGAAGGUGCUUCCCACGAUGAAUCAGCUCAUGAGGGACACGCAAGUGCAACGGCAUCUCCAGCAGUAACUUCAGCCGCCGCUACAGGCGCUGCAGAGUCUGUCAAGGUGACGGCGCUCAGCGAUUGUCAUAUGCACGAGACCCAACAGUUUUGUAUGGGCCCUAGUGCUACAGAAUAUCUGAUGAAGAUUCCUGCUACAGCGACACAGGACUUACCUUCCCAAUAUACUGGUUGUCAUGCUCAUGGAGUACAGCUUUUCUGCAUGUCUCCAGCCGGUGGUGAGGUCCUUGCCCAAGCACAAACGGCUGAAGGUGAAGAGGCAGCAGGCGAGGUAUCGGCCGACGGAGUCAGCUGCCAUUUCCACGCCGGUGUUGAACACUGCGUUGAUGGCAAUGGAAACACCGUUGAAGGAACCUGUGAAGCCGUCGAUCGUGAUUACAACAUUCCUCUACGCAUCGGGCUGGUAUUCGCUAUUCUUGCAACAGCCUCCAUUGGUGUCUUUGGUCCUAUCUUCUUGUCGCUCGGAAGAUUCAAGAGUGGUGGUAUAGUCAUGUCCAUUGUCAAGCAAUUUGGAACCGGUGUCAUUAUCUCGACUGCGCUUGUUCACCUAUUCACCCACGCAGAACUUAUGUUCGCGAAUCAUUGUCUGGGCGGCUUAAAGUACGAAGCCACGACUGCUGCGAUCGUAAUGGCAGGCAUCGUCAUCUCGUUCGUCCCAGAGUAUGUUGGAGCCAGAAUCUUCCUUUGGCGUGUAUCAAAGCACGAAGCUCCUGCCUCGCCUACACCUGACCAAAGCCAUGAUUCCAAAGGCGCGGCGACCAACGAGGAGCCUGUUGGACAUCAUCUCAUCCACUCUGGAGAUGCUCAUGCUCAAUCGCCUGCCCUGCAGAAGUUGAAGGUCAAUAUCAUGGAAGCCGGAAUUAUAUUCCACUCUCUCUUGAUUGGUCUUACUCUUGUCGUUGCCGGAGACUCAGGCUUCAUCACCCUUUUCAUCGUCAUAAUAUUCCACCAAAUGUUCGAAGGACUCGCUCUCGGCAGCAGAAUUAGCGAUCUCAAAAUUCGCAUGGUGGAAAAACUCCUCAUGGCUACUGCAUUCGCUCUUGUAACACCAAUUGGUAUGGCCAUCGGUAUUGGCGUUCUCAAUCAAUUCAACGGCAAUGACCCUUCCACUAUCAUUGCUAUUGGCACUCUUGAUGCAUUAAGUGCCGGCAUCCUGAUUUAUGUGGGAUUGGUCGAGAUGUUGGCGCAUGACUGGAUGCAUGGAGAGUUGAGCAGGGCGCCAAUGAGACAGGUCAUUCCGGCUGCUAUCAGUCUGGUGGCCGGAUUGGUGUUGAUGAGUGUGCUGGGCAAGUGGGCGUAGGGUGGUGGAAAUAAGAGCUGAGAAUGAAAAUGCGCCAUGGAUAAUGACUAUGAAUUCCUCUAGACCGGUUAAAAGUUGUGUAGAAAGCGAAGCAUGAUUUUCACUCGUUUCAACCUCAG